AUGAUUUCUGUAGCUCUGUUCUACCUCGUAGCCGUGAUUUGUUCUGCAAGACGGACACAUGCUCUACCUCUGUACCCCGAUACCAACAUGGAGCCGCAGGAAGAUUUCCUUCAGAAAUUAGUGUCAGAGGUGCAGGAUGGACCCAACACUGCCGAGGGGGAGCAGAGAGAGUUGAAUAAUCUGUAUCCUCUACUGAUGCAGCGCAACGAAGGGAUGGAGUCCUGGAAUAAAGGAGCUAAAGAUUCAGAACAACCAGAUAAGUUUGCAAACAUGGUCGAGGACCUCAGAGAAACCGUCUUGAAGCUGGCAGCCGCUGACAAGCUUCGCUCUCAUGGUUUUCUCAGAUCAGAGCAGAACUUGCCAAAAGCAAACAAAAGAGCAUGUUUCUGGAAGUACUGUGUCACCAACUAGAGCCCAGCAGCUGCAGGACGUUUGGUGUGAUUUCGGCGCGGCCUGUUUGGAAACAUCUUCACUCUCCAUCAUCGUUUUUCCACCAAACAGUAUAUUCACCGUCUAUACCAGAUCAACAGAUAUAUUUUUGUGGCUGAAAAUAAACUUGAAUAUCAGAAAAGCCAUUGAUGUUACCUGCUUUUGGUUGUGAUGAUUUAAGGUAAAUAUAUACUAUUUACUGUAAGAGACCUAAAGGAGGGAGUAUUAUAAAUAUUAGUCAGCACACAAAAAUCA